UCAAACUUCCAGAAUCUUUAUAUUGACAGAAUUUGAGUGAUGGAUGAAGUAUCAGGCUUUUGUAUUAAGCAACGCAGUGGCUACGGUGGCGGCAAUAAUGGUGGCAGUGGCGGCACGGGAACCAAGUGUGGAAGGUGGAAUCCAACAACUGAACAGGUUAAAGUUCUUACAGACCUGUUCAGGUCUGGGCUCCGAACUCCUAGUACUGACCAGAUCCAAAAGAUUUCUUCUCAAUUGAGCUUUUAUGGUAAGAUCGAGAGCAAAAAUGUUUUUUAUUGGUUUCAGAACCAUAAAGCUAGGGAAAGACAGAAACGUCGCAGAUUUUUGGUCGAUGAACCUAAUGAAUUCCACCACCAAGACAAGCUUCCAUCAACAAAAUAUCUUGCAGAGUUAAAUCAGGUUUCUGAGCCUGAAAUAGUACUCGAGACUUUGCAACUAUUUCCACUCAACUCAUUCACAGAGCCGAUGGAGUCGGAGAAGCGUAGAUUGUUUUCAAAUGAUUACUGCAAAGAGAAUCCAUACAAUAUUGGGACACAAAUGGAUCAUCCAACAUUGGAUCUGCGAUUAAGUUCCCUGUAAAAGAAGGCUGUCUGAAUAGAAAAUGUUACAAUAAUAUUGGAGCCUUGGCUAGGUUUAGCAUGCAUGAACAUAAAAUUCAAAAAAUUAUUCAAAUCUUGUGAUCUGAAAGUUUAAGCUAUUAUAUCUACAAUGCACGUAGCUCUAGACAGUGAAUCUGUGCUUUGAAGGUUUAAAAAUGCUUCGACAUUCUCCUCUGC